AUGUUUUAUUGUUUAACUUUCAGAGAUGUUAUCACUGCAGCACCUGUUCCGAUUGGAGCUGUCAAAAAACAUGGUUUUGGUUUGUCUCAACAACAGCAACAGACACAAAAACGUCAGCCUUCAAAUCAACAGACUACUCCUCAGAAUGCUCCUUCUGUAAGAUCCAAAAGCCCAGCUGUUCGUAAUCAUUCUUUAUCAUCUAAUAUCUCUUCUGUGUCAUCAGAAAGUCAUGGAGCAGGUUAUGCAUCAGGAACGCAAAAAAUGAAUAAAGAAUCCUCAGCUACAAUGAAAGCUAGUUCAGACAUGAACUAUCGUGGUUCUUUAAACAACACUGGUCGCGAUAGCGAUAAAAGCUCCUUACAAGGAACAAAGAAACGAAAUAUGAUAGAUGCAAACGGAGCUAAAAUUUUUGGUUCAAGCUGUACUCCAUCUAAUUCUUGUGCCGAAAACGAACUUCGAGAAAGAGCUACGACAAUUGUUCAGGGCGUUUGCGAAUCAUCGUUCUUGGAAGCAAAACAGGAAUUUAAAGAGAAUGAUGAUCGUUCUUGUUUAGUAGUACCGGGGAAUAAUAAUGGACUUACUCGCAAUGAAAAGUCAGAACUCAGUCGUAGUUUAACAACUAUUGAUCAGGCAAACCAAAUGACCAACAAUUCGGAUAAAACCGCAAAUGUUCCAUCCCUUAAUCCACAAAUUAAAGUAUUGCAUACAGUCCAAGGCACAGAAGCUCUCGCUUUACGUCUAGAAGCUCUGCGUUUACAGUCUGUGAACUCAACGGCUAAACCAUCUUCAAAUCCUGAGGCAGCUGCAAAUAUUACACCAUCGUGUGUAUUUUAUGCAUGCAUUUUAGAUUACAUUCUCAAUUUAGCGUGGUUAUGA